UAGGAUGCAAUAGGCUGAUAUAGUUCCUGGUAGCAAGAACCACUCCUCCUUUAUCUACAGAGAAGAAGAAGAAAGAGGAGAGAGAAUGUGACCUAAAAAGUGAAGCAGAGAGAAGAUGUAUUGGGCUCAGCCCGUCUGACAGUAAACAAUACGUCAGACGGUCUGACCCAAUACUUUCACUUUUGUAAUAUACUACUUCUGGUCUUUAUUGGUUUACCCAUAUUCCUUUUUGAGAUGUCCCUUAUUAAUUUAUCUAUUUCUAUUCUUGACAUGAGACCACUCACUUUCCAUUACACUGCACACAUACAUUCAACUUUAACAUAAAAUAAUAGUUUCUCUUUCUUUCUAUAUCCCACAACAUUAUUUCUCCUAAAACUUUAUGCAAAAGAAACUGAUAAACUAAUAUGAAUCGGAGGAAGCAAUCAAUUUUUGUAUAAUAAAAUCAGUUUGUAGGUGUACAAUAAAUUAUUGUGAAUCCGGUUCAUCUCUAAAUCCUGCAAACCCCAAACAAAAAUAACAGCUCGUACUUGAAAGUUGUAACGAUUUUUCGCGCCACAUCUGGGAAAACCGAAUGUUCCUUCAUCCUCUCGACUGCUUCUAAUCAUCUUCUUCUCCUACACCUCCAUUAAUGCUAUACUACAGUUUUGGGUUUACCCAGAAAAACUCUAUUAGUAUGACUAAAUACAUUUUAUUUUCCUCAAACCUAUGAAAUAUGUCCCCAUUACAACUUCCAAAUAAGAUGACAUUCUAAAUCCUAAAUUAUCUUAGCUUAAUCAACAGAAUCUUCAUUUUAAUCGUCAUCCAUGAAGAUUAAUGUUGAUAUAUUUUUGGUAUGAUCUCCUUUUACUUUUUAUUUGAUUUCAAUAUUCAUGCACACCAACUGUUCGAUAAUUGUUCUAUGAGAACUCAAAACAGUUACUUGAGAAAUAUUGUUGAGUUAUUUUUAUAAGCAAGAUAAUCCUAUUCUGAUCUGGGAUUUUCAUUUGGAUAUUGUUUAUCCAAUGUUUAUAAGGACCUUAUUCAAAGUGCAGAAUUUGUUUUCUAACAUAACCUAUCAAGCCCGUGCCUAUUCCGAGAGAGUUGUGUUGAAUCAAGUCUCUAAGUACUUCUCUCAGGCAAAGCUCAUAGACUCUAUACGUCUAAGUCUUCGGUCCGGAUCUCCUGAUUCGCUUCUUCCUUUACUAAAUAAUCCACAUUUGGAUUCUUUUGUAGUCACGAAUGCUCUUCGUUCUGCUCCUUCCCCUGAAUCUGCUCUGUCCUUAGUUGAAGCCCUCAAAACGGUGCCUAAUUUUUCACAUACCCAACAUACUCUCCAUGCAAUUGCCAAAAUCCUAGCUAGGUCAGGUCGUACUCGUCAGCUGGAAAAGUUGGUUGAUGCCAUCAAUAAUGGGAAUUUUCCAAAGGUGCAACCUGUUAGUUUUGUGGACCAAAUGCGGAUGUAUGCUACCGCUAGAGAUAUUGACUUGGUGCUUCAUGUUUGGGAUGAACUUCGUGCCCAAGGCAAACGCCCAUGUAUUGAAUCUUAUAACAUAGUCAUGGGCCUUUAUGUCAUAACUGGCAAGGACAUCGAAGCCAUCCAGAUAUUUCGUAGCAUGAUGCAAGAAGGGGUGUUCCCCAACUCACGGACAUACACUUUAGUUAUUCAGCACCUUGUUAACUCUGGGAAAUUAGACAAGGCAAAAGAGAUUUUUUAUAUCUUGCCAAGGAUGAGGGUUAAGCGUACUCUAAGGCAAUAUUCCCUUCUUGUAGAGGCAUUCUUGAAUAUUCAACAAUAUGAGGCUGUGAAGACCCUUCUCGGAGACAUGAAAAUGGAAGGGAUUCUGCCUCCAAGAUCUAUGCUAUUGUCAUUGCAACGUAUGACUGAGACAGGAGUUUUAGAUGAGAGUGAUGAUUUUGUUAAAGAGAUGGUACCAGAUAGUAGAAUUAAGAACAUAGAGUUUUGUGCAGAUUUCAUUGAUGAUGACAAUAAGGAUGAUGGUGAUGAUUGCAGCGGAGAAGCUGUUGUUCAUAGUGUUCAGUUGAAGCCAUGGUUGGACCCAAGUGCUUUGGCAAGUGCAUUGCGGCACUGGAGAGAGGAUGAUAUUUUUGCUUUGGAAGAAGCUAAACUUGUGUGGACAAGCCGCUUGGUUUGCAAGAUGGUUAGGCACUUUAAAUCACCUCAAUCAGCGUGGCAGUUUUUCUGCUGGGUUGCUAAUCAACCUGGUUUUGUGCAUGAUAUUCACACUUAUUCAGGCAUAAUCACAAAAGUAGCGAGCCAUGGGAGAGUUGAUCUCGUUGAUGAUAUAUUGUUCAAAAUGAAGCAUGAAGGAAUUAAGUUGGCAAAUAGCACAGUCAGACAAAUUAUUGAUUUUUAUGGCCUUUACAAGGAAGGAUCUACUGCUUUAAGAAUUUUCCAUGAUGUUAAAGUGCUAUGUGAUCACAUCUCCAAGUACGAUAUGGUGCUUUUAUAUUCCUCUCUGUUACGAACAUUGCUCAAGUGCGGAUUGGAUGGUGAUAGCAUAGAUACUGUGAAUGAGAUGUUAUCUAUGGGAAUUCACCCUGAUGCUCAGACAUUUUCUGGUUUGAUGCAUCAUUUUGCAGUUCGAGGUGAUUUCAGAAUGGUACAGAAGCUACUUGAAAUGGUAAGACAGUGUGGUGUAGAGCCAGAUGCUUACAUGUAUAAGACACUUGUUCGUGCUUACUGUAAGUGUGGAAGGGCUACUCUUGCACUAAGAUUAUAUGAAGACAUGAGGAACUCAGGUUUUGUGCCUGAUGUAGAGACAAAGUCGUUGCUAGUCAAAGGGCUUUGGAAGGAAGGAAGACUAAGAGAAGCUUCCUUUAUUGAAGAGACUUGUAAGGAGCGAGAGGACAUCCUUCCACUACCUUCUUCUGGUCAGAUGUUCAAUGUCAGCUCAGCAGAUGUUAUAAAUAUACACAAGCUAUAUAGUGGGAGUUUUUAAGACUCUAUUGGUUAGUGGUGCUAUGCAAUACUUAUACGUACUUUUUUCAGCUGAUUUACAUAGUGUUAUGCUUUUAUGUGCAGCUUCUCCUUGAAUUUGCUGGUAAUGAUGCUGAUUCCUUAUUCUUUUCCCCUUUUAGUUUGAAUCUUAUGUCUUGCCGUUGCUUCAGUUUCUGAUUUAUGUUUGUCCUCCAGCUUGUUUCGGAUUUCUCCUUUUUUAUGAUUCAAGGUGAUUUAGAUUUAAGCAACUGAUCUUCAACUAUAGUAAUAUUAUGUUAUAUAUUUGGCAACUUUUUAAA